GACAGCGCAAUGCGUUUGCUUCAUCUUGAGUACGGAAGAACAAAAGCCUCUGGUGCAGCGUUUUUAUAAUGGAAAUUGUGUAAACAAAUCACCACAGCAAGUAAUUAAUCGUUUUGAUCCUAGGUAUUCUCAUCGUUUCCUGCCACGGGGAAAGGGUUAUUAAAUAUUAAAGAUUCGGACGGGGUGCGAUUAAUCAUUUCAAAAUCCAGAACGUAGCUGGUAUUUAGUGUAAUUGAUUAAUGCGCUAGUAAGAGAUAAGAGAUAUUUAUCUGUAGAAAAAUCAGUUAAAGUUAAGGAGUAAAUAUUCCGAUUGGCAGUGUUCUCGACCAUCGAGCGUGUGUGCCGUUCUAUUUAACACGACGCCAACGCGAAGAAAUGUUCCUUUUGUUCUUUAAAAGCAAUCGUUCGACCUGUUGUUUUCGAUCGGAAAGAAGCUUUUCUGUCCGCGACACAGGUUGCUCACCGUUAAGACCAAUGUUCGGCGAAGGGUUCCGGUUUGGUAGAGUCGUGAAACUCGUUCCUGAGAUAGCACGAGCCAAGAAUCGUACACCACCCAUACGACCGUGCGAACGUCGCAAAGUGCCGUCAGAAUGGGCUUAUGGGCUCUUAACACGAUGCCGGGGGUGUAUGGAAAAUCCAAAACCCUCGUUCAACUCGUUCGGAACAGAGUGACGUGACGCAGACAUAAAAAGUCGAAUAUCAGAGAGGAAGCCGAUCCGGUUGAGCACCUCAGUUGCUGGGGAUGUUGCUUUUGUUGACCAGACCGGACUAUUGGAGGAUGCAGCACGGGACGGUCGGAAGGGUGAAGCAAUGUUGUUCAUCUUGAAAUUCGAUCUUCUUCCUUCCACACGGGCGUGUGUCAACCCGCGGAAGUCGAAGCGAGAGAGAGAUUGUAUGCUGGACGUGUGCGCAAUCGUUUGCCGAUGCCUGCCGAGCGAUAAUCCGCUGCGUUCUUGAAGGUUAUGGGUUGUGAGCGUUGUUGUCCUCGGGUUUCGCUCUUCGGCCGGCAUUAGUCGUAGCCGCGUUGUCGAACUGCGUACAACCAAGAACUGAUUCUUCGUACAUUUCGGCACGGGAAGGAUGUUGACGCCUCUUGGGAAGGUGCUACUAGUGGUUGUUGCGUUCUGUGGUGUGGAUGUCUCUGCCGGCGAUCGACCAUGCCAGACACGUUCCGCCAAACCGCUGCAAGGACGGUGCGUUCCGGUGGCCAAAUGUCCGGCCAUCAAACAACACCUGCUACGGUUGCAAUUCCGGUCUGCUGAUACGUUCGAAGCGUUUCUGAGCGAACGGGCAUGCAGCUACGGAAAGGACGGUACCUUGCACGUAUGCUGUACAGGGAAGACGGCCUCCGAGCAACGGACGGAGCUAGUCACAAACGAGGCACUCGAAUGUCCCGUAGAAUGUGCACCCAUCGAGGACUGUCCAGCGGUGUAUGGUCGCAGCAUGGUACUACAGAAGCGGUACGAUCGUCGUCUGCAUAAACUGUUGCGCGACAACUUCUGCUACGAACAGUCGGGCCAGCUAUUCGUGUGCUGUGAUCCGGAUCGGUAUCCGAACUCGAUUACCGCAGGCACCCGACAACUGGCCAAACGCGUCAGCUGGCAAUCCUGCGUGACGCCGUUCGGAGACGAUGGGAAGUGUGUACCGCCGGCCCGCUGCGCCAUGGUCGACAACCCGGAAACGAUCGCGUCCGAACUGGAAGCGUUCACGAUCGGAUGCGAUCCAGUGGGCAACCAGUCGCAGCUGUGCUGCACCGAGUCACUGCUCAUCUUCGACCAGGAAGCUGGCAAAGAAUGUGAAACAAAGGACGGGCGCGAGGGUCUGUGUACGGAGUCGGAACGCUGCUUGGAUUUCAUUGAGUCCGAGGAACAGGAUGUGUACGUUCGGCAGAACUGGUGCUACACGAACCUACAGCAGGUGGAUUAUUUGUGCUGUGCUCGGACACGGAUCAAGCAGCCACCGCAGAUUGAGUUUGGAAUUAGGGCCGGAGAGGAUCUUCCCGCGUGUUCCACGGUCAUCAAUCGGCCUGGAUAUUGUGUACCGCUGGCGCAGUGUGGGCCGGUGGCAAGGUUACUGCGUCAAAUAUCUGCCCGCGGUACGACAGCCACGCCGGAUGAGGCACGCUUUCUCCGGGCAUCGAUUUGUACUACUCCAGAAGGCGCCACCGGGUAUCAUGUUUGCUGUGAUGUUACAGCCGUACAAACUACUACUACAGCUGCUCCUCCGUCAACGGCACCUACUACUGCUGCCCCCGCCGCCCCGAGCAUGGUUAAUCAUCCCAACAUUCGAUUCUUCGACCGAUCGAACUGUGGUCUUGCGGGCACCAUUAACAAGAUCGCGUUUGGCCAACAGGCGCGCCUUUUCCAGUAUCCUUGGAUGGCAAUGAUCGUGUAUGUGUCCAACACGUCCGGUACGGAGAGUGCCGAAUGUGCUGGUACAAUCAUCAACGUUCGCUAUGUUCUAACGGCGGCUCACUGUAUCGAUGGUCAGAUGGAGCGAAUGCGAUAUGUACGAAUAGGUGAGUUUGACACGCGCACAGACCCCGAUUGCGAAGAGGACACUUGUGCUGCACCGAUUCAACGGUACGGUGUGGAGGAUGCUAUACAUCAUCCAAACUUCACGCGCAUCGUACGCUCCGGCCAUGACGUUGGUCUGCUGCGAUUAAAUCAAACGAUCGACUUCAGUUCCGGUGACGUCUCACCAGUAUGCCUUCCGUUCACCAGCAGUCUGAUGGGGUUCGAUCCUACGUUGUACUGGAUUACUGGCUGGGGUCUGACCGAACGGCUGGAGGUUAGCCCGAUUCUUUUGCAGGCACGCAUCCCGCCCGUGUCCUGUAGUUUAAGCAGCUAUGCAAUUUGCGCCGGCUUUGGCAAUGCCACACUGCACUGUGAGGGUGAUUCUGGUGGUCCGAUGAAGGCGCAGGUACCGGAGUAUAAUUUCCGAUUUGUGCAGUACGGUGUGAUUUCGGCCGGGCCACGCUGUGGUACGCAGGGUGUUCCUGGCAUUAGCUCGAGAGUUUCAUAUUUCAUGCAAUGGAUUCUGGAUAAUAUUAAAGCUUAAAUUUAGUAUAAAUUGUGUAGAGAUUUUGUGUGUGAGUGUUCCCGUCUCAUCACAAAUCAUGUGAUUCAGUAAAAAUGAAUGAAUGAUGCAAAUGAAUGAAUUACAUCAACUGGUCUUUGCGAUUUCAACCGCAAAAGAGAUGUUAAACUGUCUAUGAUGAGUUUUAUUAUAACUACCCUCAAAAGAGUUGUUAAAAGAGUCGAUUCUUGAUGGUGAAUGAGGAAGAAUAAAUGAAUUCUCUGAAAAAACUCCAUCACCU